AUGGCACUGCUGACGAUAUCCAAUGGAGCCGCUAUUCGCGAUCCCUUCUUCGCAGGAUUCUUGGUGUUGGUCCUUGCCCUAACGGCAUCAAUUUGUCUCGGUGUCUAUCGUCGCUACCUCCAUCCCCUCUCCCAUAUCCCAGGCCCUCCCUCAGCAGCACUGAGCGGGCUAUGGCGGAACAAUAGAUACUGGCGCGGAACUUGGCACGAUGACAUCGUUGAUGUACACAGAAAGUACGGUCCCGUCGUACGAAUUGCCCCAAAUGAGGUCUCUGUGGUUGGACAGACUGCGAUGAAACAACUUUAUGGCCACGGUUGCAACACGGUCAAAACGUCCUGGUACAGUGUGUGGGACCCACCGAUCGGGGCGCCGGCUUUCUUCUCUGUCAGAGACCGUAAGCUGCAUUCCUUCCUCCGGAAACGAGUCUCGGCCGCAUACACCAUGUCUUCGGUGCUACGAUACGAAGUCUUCAUUCAAGGCUGUCUAGAUCUUCUGAUAAAUCGACUACGCACUUAUGCUACCACGGGCCAGACGGUCGAUAUGUCGGCGAUGACCAAUGCUUUUGCGUUUGAUGUUGUUGGAGAGCUUGCUUAUGGCACGCAGCUCGGGCAUCUCGAGACGGGAACCGACGUGCUUGAUUUACGCAAGAACAUCUUCAAUCUCUUCUUCCUGAGCUCAUGCAUGGGUCACUAUUUGGGUCAGAUGAAGCUGUUCACAAAUCCGGUCACACAGGCAAUGUUCAAGUUUUGUGGAAUUAGGAACCGCGUCGCCGAGUUUCAGGAUUGGAGCAAGGACAAGGUCGAGCCGCGGUUCGCAGCGGCGAGACAGGAGAAGUCCGUUACUGAAGGCAGGUCUGACAUGUUAGCUCACUUCCUCAAGAUGCGAGAUCAAGAUGGGAAUCCUGCGAGAUUCGAGGAGGUGCUUUCGGAAGCUCUUAACUUGGUUGGCGCCGGUGCCGACACAACGUCUAUCGCAAUCCGUGCCUGUCUGGAAGCUAUCGCUUCGCGUCCGGACGUGUGCAAACGGUUGCAAGCAGAAAUUGACGACUACUACACCGCGAGUCAGCUGACAGAGCCCAUCACGUACCUGCAGUGCCAGAAUUUGCCUUAUCUUCUUGCAGUCACCAAGGAAGCAAUGCGGUUGUGGCCAUCAAUUGUGUUCCAACUUCUGCGUCACGCGCCAGAUUCUGGAAUGACGAUAGGCGACAUCUCCAUUCCUGCAGGCACGCCGGUUGGCAUGAGCCUUAUUGCACACAAUCGCGACCGUGGUACAUGGGGAGAAGAUGCCGAUGAGUUCCGGCCCGAGAGAUGGCUGGAGAGCGACGAGAGGGCGCGGUAUCUAGAGUCAAUCAAUAUGACGUUCGGUGGAUCCGGACCCCGCAUGUGCGUUGGACGAAACAUUGCUUUGGUCGAAGUUCAGAAAUCGAUUGCCCAGAUUUUCAGAACUUUCGACGUUGAACUCGUCAACAAGGAUAAGCCAUGGACUAUCACUUCAUAUUGGUUCGCCUACCAGCACGAUUUGAUGAUGCGACUUAGCCUGCGCGAGAAGGCGUCACAAUAG